AUGUUAGAAGUAAAUAAUGUUGCUAAGAAAGCUAUAGUUUGGUGCCUUGUGUUGCAAGCCCUUAUAAUUCAAGGAGACUCGAUUGAAAGUGGAGAUGUGAGUUUCUCUAUAAUGUUGAGAAACGAAAUGUACGGCUUAAGACGUCCAUUGGUUGUCUACCGGUGCAAGUCAUCUGGAAAAUCUCUCCGGUGGCACCAAUCGUAUAGGAAACAGGAGUUUACAUGGGAUUUUGAAGUCCCGCCAUUUGGAAACGGCGUGGUCAUUCACCAGUGCCACUUCAUGUCGAGCCAAGGGACAGCGGAUGUCAUUAUCAAGACGUUGUCGAUGACAUCGAUCUUGUGCGGAGGACAUGUGUGUAAAUAUGUUAUUGGGCCGAACGGUAUAUAUUUCGUUGGUUUUGAGACCUAUUAUCCGCACAAUAUUUUCUUAAGAUUUGUGGAGUUGGUAAGGCCUGUUGUCAAGCUUGUUGAGCCAUGGAAGGCGUGGUCACCGCGGCAGCUAAAAGAGUUUCGAGCGGAACGCAACCGCACCAGGUCAGAGGAUGAUGACUACAUGGAAGACCACGAUUAG